GCGCGGGCGCGCCGGCGCACCGCGCGGCCGCGCGCCCCGGAGGCCAGCGUUCGGGGGCGACGCCGGCCGACGAGGCCAGCGCGUGGCCCCCUGCGCCCACGCCGCGUCGCCGCGCGUAGAUCUCGGAAGGAGAGGCGCUAGGCGUGUGGCAUGUCCCAUGGAGACACCGCCAGGCGCAAGAUCGUCGUUGGCUUCACGGUGCACGAGGCGAAGGAACUCAGCAAGGAUGGCGUUGCCAUCGACCCGCUCGUCAUCGUGAGGGCCGCAGGGAGGGAGUUCAAGACGCAGAUGAAAACGGGCAAGAUCCAGCACGCGAAGUUCGAAGAAGGGCACAUAUGGAACGACCUGUACUUGACAGAAGACGAGUUCAACAUGUCCUUCAUAGACUUCGAGCUCCAGGCCGCCAACGCCUUCACGCGGAACGACGUGGUCGGGUCCGCCAGGGUGCAGCUUGCCAUGGUGCGCAAGCGGGGGAACCACACCGUAGUGGGGAAGUGGCUGCAGCUCACCAGCUGCCACGAGAGCACCGCCAGGCUGCGGGCGACCAUCUUCUGCUACGGGGAGGGGGACGCGCCUCCGGCGGCCACGGAGGUCACCAACUGCGAGGAGGAGGCCGCCGCGCACGUCGCGGACCUGAAGAACGCCGUGCUGGACACGGUGGGGCGCAAGGACCAGGGCCAGCAGCAGACUGGGCAGAGCUACCACCUCUUCGUACAGGUUCACCGCGCGGAGGACCUGGGAGGUGGCGAUAGGAUGUACAACCCGUACGUGACGGUCGAGUUCAACGGCCACAAGCUCGCUUCGCAGCACGUCAAGGACGCCAAUAAGCUCAACUUCGAGGAGCAGUUCCGGUUGCCCGUGCAGACGCCCCUGCUGGCGGACGCCAUCGUGAUCCGGGUCUGGAGCAAGAACAAGUGGGGUGCGGACGACAUCAUCGUGCAGGGCCGGCUGUCAUUCUCCCUGAUCCGCAUGCACGCCAUGCCGCCGCAGUGGUUCACCUUCUACGGCUUCUCGUCGAAGGAAGUGCCCGACGUCGAGCAGAUCUGUGCUAUUGGAGAGGUGGUGGAGGAGAACACUUACCAGGGUAGGCUUCUGAUCAGCAGCCACGUUGCCAAGGUCAAGCACGGCAGCCUUCUGAAGGCCGCUACGAUCAACGGCGGCGCCUUCGAGGAGCCAGCCUCUGCGCAGAUAACGCUGCUGGCGGACGUCUACGAGAUCAGCGGCAUCGACGGCUCCCAAGCCUACGUCACCAUGUCUCUCGGCAAGACGUGCAAGAAAACCAAGACGGUGACUAGGGAGGAAGACGAGCCGAACUUCAACAUGGCUGAGGGGGAUGCGGGCCGCAUGCCGCUGCUGGUCGGCGUGAUGCCCGUGGACCCCAAGAACCAGAUGGAUGUGAUCGUGUCGCUGCACGUGAAGACCAGCUCUAACGUGCUCGGCAUCAGCGAGGAUGGCUUUCGACGCGUCGGUUUCGUUCGACUCAAACUUUCCGAGAUCCGCGACUGGGAGGGGGACUCGCACAUCCCCAAAUGGAUGGCCAUGAGGCCCAUGGUGCACUUGCCCAGCAGCGUGAAGCCAGGAGCGAUACUGCUGACCCUCUCGAAGACGAGUAAGGUGGCUGUAAAGGACAGGGUCAAGCCCACUUUCAAGAAGAUGUCCUUCCAGCUACGCUGUUACCUGUGCGCAGCCAGGGGCCUGAACAACCAAACGGAGGAGAUGCCGAAGGCCUUCUGCGAGGUGUCUUGCGCGGGGCAGUCUGCUCGGACGCAAACGGCGGAUGACCCGCCCACGGCGGCACCGCGCUGGGCGGAGUGCCUGACGAUACUGAUCGAGCUGCAGUACUCGGUUCAGCACUCCCGGGUGUACCCAGAACCGAUCCAGAUAGUAGUCUACGAUGACCUGGAGGGUGCAGGCAGCGCGUACGAUAAGCUCGCCAUGGCCUAUGAGACCGCCAAGGAGGUUGCUCAGUCCCAGGACGCCUUGAAGGAAUUGCAGAACCGCGGCAAGGCUGCCGUUGAAGGGAUCGAGAACCAGGAGGAGUUCGGCGUCAAGUUGAAGAAAGGUGCUUUGGAUAUGUUUGGCGCCCUUCAGGACACGGUAGGCGCCAUAGGUGGCGACGUGUUGGCAAAGAAGCGGAUGGGUGCCAUAGUCAACGGGCGCCGCGUGAUGGGGCGCGCUCACGUCCAUUUCAACAACAUCCUCAAACCCCCGCACAGCAAGGGCAUCACGCCUAUGUGGAUCAAGCUGAGGGGGGGCGUGGGUGGCUCGAACCACUCGGGUGACAUCCUCGUCGGCUUCGAGAUGCUGAAGCCGAAAUACGCGUCGAGGGCCUACUGCAACGACCCUAUCCUGCCGAAGAAGGCGACGCCUCCCGGGGCCAGGCAGUGCGUCAUCUCCGUGGCCGUGGCCGGUCUCCGGGGCGUGGUCGUCCCCGAGGGCUACAGCGCCCUGGACAAGCCCCGCCUGGAAAUCGCGAUGGCCAAGUUCCGAAAACAGGACACGUCCGAGAAGGACGACAAGGGCGACAAGGCUGGCGAGGAGGUGGAGGAGGAGAACCAGGCGAACGAGCAGGCAGCUGCCAAGGCGAAGCCGAAGGCGAAGGGCAAGGCCAAGGAGAAGGGCAAGGAAAAGGAGGACGUGGGCACCGAGAAGAUCAGGUUCACCCGCAAGCCCCCGGAAGGCCAGGAGGUGAACAAGGACGACUACAACAGGAAGUGGACGACUCAAGGCGUCUCUGGCUGGGAGUUCCUCCGGGUCGUCCACCUGCCCGCCUUGAUACCCAACGUCGCCGUUUGGGAGCCCGACCUGAAGAUACGGCUAUUGGACGAGAAGGACCGCCUCGUGGCGGAGGGGCGCGCGAGCAUCGCGGACCGCCUCCCGUGGGACAACACGCAGGGGAAGAGGACGCGCGCCCUCAGGUCGGUCCAGUCGCUGGACGACUGGCCCCCAGACCCCGACCUGGAGGAGGACGGCGGCGUCCCCGUCAGCGACGAGGACGACGACGCGAACUACAAGACGGUCGAGUUCGGCGAGGAGCCCCUGCAGAUGCGCUUCAACGGCAGCGACGCGAAGCUCUUCCCGCCCGUGCUGGAGGCGCUGGCCAAGAGCUCCGCCGCGCGGCGGGCGGGCGUGAAGGCGGGCGACUGGCUCGUGGGGUACACCCGGCCGAGGGAGAAGGAGAAGCCCACGGGGCACUGGUCGCAGGCGCAGGCCGCCGCGUUCCUCCAGAGCAUGGAGGAGGAGAGGGUGCGGCCGCUCACGCUGCGCUUCCGGCGGAAGGGCCGCGACGAGGUCUCCGUGAGGCUGGCGGAAAGCAGCCAGAAGACGAUGCUGGACUUCGAGAACGACGAGAGCGUCAGGCCCCCGAAGAUCCUGAAGGACAACACAAAGGACGGCUGGUGGACGAAGCAGGGAGUGAAGAAGGGGUGGCGGAUCGUCGACAUCAACGGCUUCGACUGCCGGGCCUUGCACGGGACCCACGAUUUCUUCAAGAAGCUGCUGGGUAUGCGGCCCAUCAUCGUCACGUGCAGGGACGCGAAGCCUGCCAACGCCUCGGCGGAGCGGGAGCUGCAACUGCGCGCGAAGGUCAUGCUCAGCGGCGUGCCGUCCAGCUACGUAAAGGCCCUCGAGCACAAGCUGAGGCACACCGACGCCACCCUCGACGGCACGCUGGUGCCGCGGUGCUCGCCGAUACUGCCGCCUGUCGGGGAUUCGAAGGCGAUGAACAUGUGGCCCUCCCGCGAUGGCUGCCUCGACGUGCAGGGCAAGCCCGUCCCUGUUGCGACGGGAGAUGUUGACGGCUCGGACGAGCGUUCGCGACCCACCGUCGAGGGCAGGCUGGAGGACUCGAUGACGAAGCCCGAGUUCGAGGCGAUUCCGCUGUUCAACGGCAACUACAAAGUCGGUGUCGUGAAACUGGCGUACACGGUGAAGAAUCCGGUGCCGUUUGACAUCAAUUGGGUCAGCAACCCCAAGCACAAUCAAGAUAAGUGGGAGAAGGAGAUCUUCGAUGAGAAGAGGCUGCGGAGGCGCUUCAAGGUGGGGCAGCCAGCAAAGCUGCGGGUCCGCACGUACAUCACGCGCGGCAUCAGCGUGAGCGGUGCUCUCCAGGGAGUGGGCAACCCCUUCUUGUACUUCUCGUACGGCAGCGACACAGUGAAGCUAGAGGGGCGUCGGAAAAUGAACACCUCGGAGCCACGGUUCUUCACGACGGAGGAGCGCGACAUCCAGCUGCCUGACCAGGCCCUUUUCGAGGUGGGCCUGUACGACUGGCAGCAGUACGGCGAACCCCUUCUUAUCGGCAAGACCCUGAUAGACCUGGAGGACAGGUGGUUCACAGAGGACUAUCAGGAGUACAUGAAGAAACAUCAGGUGCCGAUCGAGUAUCGGCCGAUCCUCAGCGGCGACGCGGGCUCCCUCUGCAAGGGCUCGCUGGAGAUGUGGGUGGAGCUCCUGGAUUCUCAGGAGGCGGCCGAAGUGAGGAAAAGCCCCCUCUUCCAGCCGCCGCCAGUCGAGGUGGAGAUGCGUGUCAUCGUGUGGGGCGUGCGGAACAUGUCCCUGCGGAUGUGCGUGGACGAGUUCGGGGACGAGCGCGGGCGAGUGGACGUCCUGGCGCGCUGCGCCCUGUCGUGCUCGGCCUUCCUCGGGCCACAGCCCGACGCCCAGGAGACCGACAUCCACUACGGCUCCGAGGGCGAGGCGGAGUUCAACUGGCGGUUCGUGUACUCCAAGAUCGCCGUCACCAAGGGCGUGCCUCUGCAGUGCCACCUGCAGCUGAGCCUGUGGGAGCACUUCUCGCUGAAGCGCCCGGUGCUGCUGUGCGAGAACCUGAUGGACAUGAAGAACUACUGCACCAGGGUCGCGCGCACGAGAGACGUGUUCGAGAUCGAGAGCGAGGUGCCCCUCACCAACCGGAUGCUGACGAAGCUGCUGCAGGCCGAGGCCGAGGAGAAGCAGUGGGACUCCGUGCCAAACGAAGGCGGUGACAGCAGCUCCGAGG